AUGGAGGAGUUGGACCACAAUGCUCAAUUAACUGGGUCCACAGCCUCGCCACGGGAGGAAUCAGACCUCUGUUUGUAUGUUCCUACCGAUGAACCGCCAUCGACGAUAGAGACAGCCCAUCUAGUUCACCGAAUUCCGGACCACAAUGAGGCCAGCUCCACACAUGGAGAUACGCAUAUACUAGCUCAAGACUGCGGUUACAAUUCCUCGGCAUCGUCAACGGAACGAUCUUCUAGCGACUAUCUGGGCGGGGAUGUAGAUUAUGAAGAGCUACGGGACGCGAAUUCAAGAGCAUCGAGCCGUUCCUCGAUUUCCUCCAUUCCUGCUUCGGUGCUUACCAAUCCCACCAGUGGGGUGAAAUCAGCCGUCGUGCACAGGUCGCAGCAAGAUAUGCUUUCACAUUCGUGGGGCGAUCAUAACGAUAACGAGCCUGAGGAAAUGGAAGAACAGCUGAGAUUGACAUCUAUGGUUCGGAAGCACCACAGUGUCUUCCGAAAGUCCAGUUCGGUCAGAGCGAUGCAAAUGCACACCGAGGAUGAGGGUGACGGCGAGUACUUGACACCACCGAAACGCAGGGGAGGGCAUCGCAUGUCAGAUGGCUCAUCACAGCUAAAGCGAUCUUCAUACUACUCGCCAACCGGACUCGUGGCGAAGCAAAAAUCCCAAAAAGAUUAUCCCCUCGUACUACUACAUUGUAACUUGCUCCCACCGUCGCUUCCUAUCCCGGGAUUAGUGGACUAUCCGGACCAAAAAAUCUUGAGGGAAGUAUUGCCGACGGAGUAUUGGAAGCGGUGGAAAUUACUGGAGGAAAAGAUUGGAUCUGUGGUGCUACGGGAACGGGGUGUUCUUAUUUCACAUCCUGAGGAUAUGUACGAUCUUCUUGAGGAGAGGCUGUUGGAGAGUUUGGAGUUGCAACGCCCAAGGUUUGACCAUGGGCACUUUUUGGGUCAUGAAGAGACUGAUACAGACAGAGAUAGCCAGUCUAUGGCGGAGGAGAGCGCAACAGACGAUGAACAAGGUGAGCAAUGCCCAGACUGUGGAGGGCGCGUCGUCCGACAUGGUGAGGCCGGCCGAAAGUGGGAAAUCAGGGUGUUCGCAGCCAACGGGCUGAUGAGAGGUGGAGCAUGGGCUGCAGCUUGGAGAGAAAUGGAAAAAGUAGAUGUGGAAGUUGGUCUCUGGCUACCAUCCGAAGUGAGAAGAGAUUUAGAGAAGAGAUUGCUCGAAGGCGACUUAUCUCAUCCGGGUAACCAACUUCAAGUGUCACAGUUACAGGAGCCUGCCAAUGACAGGCCCACAAACAUCCACACUGAUCCAGCCCAUUCACAGACACCAGUUCUUGAAGAUGGCAAGCCCAAGUUUCUCAAUGCUACAAGAGUUGGGAGAUCCAGCUUGUCACCGGCUCCAGAAAAGAUUGUGCCUCAAGAGCAGCAGCAAUCUGGUAGGCCAUCCUACCCUCGAAGUCCAGCAGCAGAGAUCGAACUUCAAACCCUUUUAGUGAACUACAUUCGUGUGUUAGCCAGUGAUCGCCGCAACGUUACAAUUGCGCUUCUCACUGUCUUGGUGGUUUUCUUUGCUCUCAACACCAGACCCACAGCAACUCCAGCACAUCUACAACCGUUUCCUCCGGACAUGUUGGAGAUGGUUCCCCGGUCAACUAUAUCUCCUCUACAACACUCAUCAGUGAUCUGGGAGAAUCCUACAGGGAGCAUAAAAGAAGGUGUGGCGACUUCGGAAGUACGAGCAGCAGCUGUUUCAUUUGAGCAGCAAUAUCUCCCUCCCGCUCCUACUCAACCAAUGAGCCCUGACAGUACUAAUCUCCAAUACAGUGACGCUUCCGAGGUGGGUCUUGCCAAGCCAGAACAAUCAUCGUCUGAGGCUGAGGCCCACUCUGAAGGAACCACAGCUGUAACCUCCCGGAGCGUUGUUGAAAAGCAUUCUUCCUCGACGUGGCCACUGAUCCCAGCCGUUCACCCAGUCCUACCUGAGGCACAGACAGAUCACAGUGAAAUGACCGAAAAAGCGGACCCUAUCCCAGAAGUCCUCAAGAACAGUGGUGGAGAAUCGUCGGCUAUUUGA